AUGGUCACGCAUGCUGUGAACGUAGCAGCGCUGUCAAAAGCGGAGUUAAAAUAUUAAUUUAAAAUAUUAUUCAUAUCGAAAAGUGCUCAAAAACUGCAUUAGAAAAAGUGUACUAUGUCGGCUUCAAUGAUAAGGAAGGGACUGGAACUGCUGAGCAACGACCUUAAAGAUGCUGGCAAGAGUCACAAGAAGAGCUCCCAGAAAGUGUCUGUGAUGGAUCAGAUCAGCUCUAAUAAGAAGGGUGUUCGGAAGCAGAUCCGUCGGCUUCAGGCCCACAGCAGAGCCGCAAAGAGCAAAACCACAGUCAAAGACAAGCGUGUCAAAAAUGCUUUAGAGGAAUACAGAAAAAAGCAGAAGAAAAGUCAGCUCAAGUCAAAUCUGAAGUACUUCCUGGGAACCAGCUACAAAAUAAACGAACACCACACAAAGACGAUCCUGAAGCAGAACACUGGCCGUCUGUCCCGCCACCAGCCAGACAAGCCAGUCAAGAAACCGCAGGAAAAAUCCAUCUUCACAGAGGAGGAGUUCCAGAGGUUCCAGGAGGAAUAUUUUUCUAAUCUGUGAUGUCAUUGUGGACUGUUCUGGACACAGUAGAGGAGGUUUGAUGCAGGUUAUCCUGCAGACCCUGGAAAGUGGAAAAUUCAGAAGGACUGAACUUCAGAUAUUCAUUUUUCAUUUUCACAUGUUUGUGUUUUUCAUUUUGUGUUGUUUUAUAAAUAAAUAGUCAUUUGAUGGUUUUGCCAAAA